GCUUGUAACGUAAACAUUGAAAUGGAGGCUGGAUUUUCCCUUUUGUGAUUUUGGUUUUUCCAAAAAUUAAUUCCUUUCAACCGCACAGACUUUCAUUCGCGUAAUUUGUCUAGUGUCUUCGACUUUUCGGUAAUUACUGCUCGCCGACAGCGAGGCAUUUCUUUCCUUAUUUACGUUUCUUCGUUUCACCCUGGAUCACGUUCGCUACUUGUCCUCAGACGAUUUUAACUUUUUGCAAAAUGUUAUGUCCGAUAUUGAAAAUUUUUUGUGCAAUCCAGGCCAGUCCCAAGGCAUUUUAUUAUUUCCCCCGGUCAGUAAAUAUAGACGUUUUCUUAUCCACAAAUUAAUUGAGGAGUCCUUUUCACGCCGCAACUUGCAGACUUUGUCAGUAGGCAAAGACUCUGGUCGAAGAACUGCUGUCUUCCUUCGCUCGCUUUUAAGAGCCGAUUUUAAACCUCCAGAGAACCCACCUGUGCAACAGCCUUGGCGGCAAAAAACCAAGCCGCUAACGGCACCAAUGGUGAAUAAAAAUAAUGACAAGAACAAAGCAAGAACUCCGUACGGCGGGAUUUACAGGCCGCCCGCAGUACGGAGACUUCUUGACACAAGAUCUGACCCAAAAAGUGAACCACAAGACGUAGACGCAGCUUGUGAACCUCAGCAGCAAGAAAGAGCCUCAUCGCAGCAAGAAAUAUGCGCUGGAGAUGUUGUAACUCCUAACAAAACUCAAACGCAACAACUUGCCGCAACACCACCAGUAUUAUGUUCCUCAGAAAAAAAAUCUACACGCAUCAAACGGCCUGAUCAGCAAGUAUAUGUUCCUCGAGCGAAGAGACUGUCCACUAAAGAUGAGAGUUUGCCCAUCACAGAACGGACAGACAAGAGUAUUUCACAACCUCAUACCAAAGUCUUCAUCAGUGAAAGGCGCAGCUGUGUCAAAGUGCGGAAAAAGUCAGAUCCUGACUCAGGAGGCACUGAAAACUCCCUAGAACCUUCAAACCAGGUUGAAAGUCCUGUGGAAGAGAUUACUACUAAUCUCAACUCAGAAACGCCCCUUUUAGAUCUAUCUUCAGAAAUUUCGUCCGUAGAACCUUCAUUCGUUUCACUCGAUAGCUCUGUUUUCGAAACUAGUCAUAUAUUAAGCGAGAGCUCAGAACUAUUUGACGGCUCAUUCCAGACGUGUCCUGAGGAUAGUUAUUCCGAAGCUGAAAAACGUUGCGAAGAAAAUAGUCCUGCAAUAAUAAUCGAUCUGAGUGAUGAAUCACUUUCAGACACUCAGCAAUGCAACGACCAUGUAGAUAAAUUAUCAGACUUCAGCAGUUCGCCAAGCUUAGAACCUAUGCGUUCAUCCCCUGAGGCUAGGGAAGUAGAUAAUAUGGAUGAAAGUUGUGAAAGCACUGAUGUAAAAAGUAGUGAAAUUAGUAGAUUAAUUGUUGAAGAUACGGACACGCCUAAUUCUAGUUUAGUGAGUUUCUCCUCUGACUCUGGGAGUCUAGCAAUUUUAAAUGAAAGUCUAGAUUCGUCGAGUGCCCGAGUAAUGGGUGUUUUGGAUAUCAGUGCGGAAAGCGAAGAUAAGGACUCACCGAUGAAGCGUAUAAUUCGAGAGAAAGCUCUGGCGAAAUCUCCGGAGGCGGUGGCUGAUGACUGGGAACUCUUGCUUAAUGAAAGUGGGCAAUUUUUGGAUUCUUCCUUAUUGAAGGAGUUGGAGGAAGCAGUCGGAAAAGUGAAUAUCUCACGGCCGUCAUGCGACUACAAAGAGUUCCAGACAGUUGAGGAGCGAACAAGUGAUGGGGAGUGUAUCAUAGAAAUCUACGGGUUUUCAUCAGAACUCAGGACCCACGAUCUGAUGAAUAUCUUCUCACCUCUUUGUGGAAAAAAUUUUCAAAUUGCCUGGGUGGAUGACACACAUGCUCUAGGCGUCUUCCCUAGCCCUCUAAUGGCUGAUGAAUUACUGAGCACCGAGUUACCAUUCGUUCGAACGAGACCUUUGAGUGAAGGGAUCCCAGAGUCGAGGUUCAAGGCACGCAAACUUGUUCUUCCGCCAAUGACAAGGCCAAAAACAUGUCCAGCUCUUGCCCGCAGGCUCGUAACUGGCGCCCUUGGCUUGAGGCUUCCCACCUCAAAGCUGGAGAGAGAGGCUGAAAGAAAAGUUCUGAAGGAGGCUAGAGAUAAAAAACGGCAAGAAGCAAAAAUCCGAAAGGACAUAUGGGAAGGCAAUUGAUAACAGAUAUUAGCUACUUUUAAAUAUUUUGACAAGUUUAUUUUUUUACUAAAUUAAUUAAAUUUCUAUAUUUCUCAAUGUUGUUUUUAUAUCAUAGUUUGAUUGAUUCAUGUUUUUAUAAAGUGAAAUAAAUUUUUUGUUAGUUAUGUGUCCAA